AUGCAUAACCGGUCAACGUCAGACACGACCCGUGGCAGCCACCGCAUCUCCGCCACCCCGCCCAUCUUUCCCACCUACCUACUACCCAGCUUCAAGUUUCCCUUUCUGCGCCGCCGCGUCUCCGCCUCCUCCUCCUCCUCUUCAGCCUCCCACCCAUCAUCAUCGACCAAAUCCACCUCGUCUCCUGCUGGCGCCGGCCGGCUCCAGCGCCUCGGUCCAGAUACGCUCCGCUGCAGCGCCUGCUCGGCAGACCUAGCCCUCACGGCGCAAAUCAUCUCCAAGGGCUUCACCGGCCGCUACGGCCGCGCUCUUCUCGUCGCGCCGCCGCCACCUGCCACCUCGACCGCAGAAGAAGACGACUAUGAUUCCGACUCGGGCUCGCCGCCGCUGCUCAACAUUCGCAUCGGCCGCCUGGAAAACAGGCAGCUCGUCACGGGCUGGCACGUCGUCGCCGACAUUUCCUGCAGCAGCUGCUCCAGAAAGUUGGGCUGGAAGUACGUCGACGCCAAGGAAAAGUCGCAAAAGUACAAGGUCGGCAAGUACAUUCUCGAGACGGAGCGCGUCACGACACAUCGCAGCUGGGGCGACGAGGACGGGGACGACGGCGCGUCGGGCGCGUUGGUGGUGGUGGACGGAGGACCGUAUGGGACGCGUCGCCGCAUGAGCAGCGACAGAGUCUCGUUUGACUCGGAGGAUGACGACGAGUGCGAUGAUGUCUUUGCGGGGACGUGGAAUGCGCGGACGGUGGCGAGGCGGAGGGCUGAGCUGAUUGCUGCAGUACGCUCCGAUGAGUGA